GCGUCGUGUGAGGAACGCCUUUCGUGCCGCAGAGAUUUCGUCAUGGCAUCCGGUGUGCAAGUCGCUGAUGAGGUCUGCCGCAUCUUUUAUGACAUGAAAGUUCGGAAGUGUUCUACACCCGAGGAAAUCAAGAAGAGGAAAAAGGCCGUUAUCUUUUGCCUCAGCCCAGACAAGAAAUGCAUCAUUGUGGAGGAAGGCAAAGAGAUCCUCGUGGGUGACAUUGGCGUGUCGGUUACAGAUCCUUUCAAGCACUUUGUGCAGAUGUUGCCAGAAAAAGAUUGCCGCUAUGCCUUGUAUGAUGCAAGCUUUGAAACAAAGGAGUCCAAAAAAGAGGAGCUGGUGUUCUUCUUGUGGGCACCGGAACAGGCUCCACUUAAAAGCAAAAUGAUCUACGCAAGCUCUAAAGAUGCAAUCAGAAAGAAAUUCCCAGGCAUAAAGCAUGAGUGUCAAGCAAAUGGGCCGGAGGACCUCAACAGAGCCUGCAUUGCUGAGAAGCUGGGCGGCUCCCUAAUCGUGGCCUUUGAAGGCUGUCCUGUCUAGUGCCACACCUACAAGGGUUACAUGCGGUGUAAAGGACCAGAGUAUUGUUAACUGUCAGGAUGUUGUCUCAGAAUAAAAUAGAUUUUGACAUGAUGGUUAGCAUAUAAGUAGCCUUUUCAACUUAAUAAA